GGUCCAUUCCUCUUUCAAAAAUCCCGCCGAUAAUAGACUAGCAGCAAAGCAGUCACCGUACUCGCCAUCGCGACCCUGCAUCUGCCCCGUCGCUACCGGGUUGUCCCCCGGCGGCGCGGCCGGCCCGAUAUAUAGAGAUCGCGAGCAUGAUACGCAGCGCAGCGUAUUGUGCUUGGAUUGGAAGGGAAACCGACGCCUCCUGAGUGCUCCUCAAAAAUACAAUUAAUCUGCCGCCUAAGUUACUACUAACAUCAUGUCGUUGGACGAGCUUAUCUACCUUCUCAUGUUGCUUUUAUCGAUAGCUCUGGGACAUCUUGUCAAGCAUUCAAAUGGGGCAAAAAACAAGCAAAAUAUUUGCACUGCAGUGGGCAUCGCUCUCGUUUUGAUCUUGUGCAGAUGGCAGAGUUACCAUUCUAUUUUUGCUACAGUUGUGAAUGCACUUCUCAUCAAAAUUGCAGGUCCAAGGAAAUGUCAUGUAUGGAGCUUUGUCUUUUCCUUCACCUAUCUGGCUUUCUUCCGGGCUGCUGGAUACUUUGGGCUGCAGAAACCAACAUCAUUCUCAAAUGUGGUACAGCUUCUUCUCACUCUAAGGUUGAUAGGUGUAGCCUUUGAGAUUCAUGACACCUACAAGAUCAAGCAAGCUGCGUCAUCCAAGGAACAGGAGGAAGGGAAGGCAGGAAAGACCAAACGUUAUAUACCAGUCAUUAUUGAACCUACCGUAGAAGAACUCUUCCACUAUUGUUUCUGCUUUGUUGGUCUUCUAACAGGUCCAUACUACAAGUACAAGACCUACUACGACAUGCUACACCAUCCAAACUCUGCAUCCUUGCCGAGCAUCGGGCCGAUGCUGGACCGCAUCAAAGUCCUUCUACCGGUCGGAAUCGUCUUCAUCAUCUCCUCGCACUACUACACCGUGGACUACAUGAAAGAUGAUGCUUUCUAUGAGAACAGCUUUUGGUAUAGGACAUACUACAUGGUUCCAAUCUUCAUUGUCUUUCGUACUCGAAUGUACUCUGCCUGGCUUCUAUCCGAGUGUGUUUGUAUGAGUGCUACGUUAGGGGCCUACCCCAAGAUCCUCAGGACUCGAUGCGGGCAGGGUCCAACAAUUGAUCCAAAAGAAUUCAGUGAACAGGAGCUGUCACGUUCAGACUAUGACUAUGAGACGAUUCACAACAUCAGUGCGUACAUGUGUGACUGCACCACUACAUUCCGAGAUGCAGUGAGAUGGUGGAACAUGUCCGUCCAGUGGUGGCUCAAAAAUUUCAUCUAUAUCCGCUGUCCACUCAGAGCAUGGAGCACCUCCGCUACGAUGCUGGUGAGUGCAUUCUGGCACGGCAUCCACCCAGGUUACUACCUCAGCUUCCUGACCGUCCCCCUGGUCCUGUGGGCUGAAGACCUCCUCAUCAAGUCCUUCCGGACAGAGCAGAACAAGGUCACCUUCGACUGGAUCAACUGGUUCCUGCGCAUGAGGGCGUUUGACUACCUCGCCUGUGGCUUCCUCCUCCUCAGCUGGGAGGCUGUGACCCGAUACUGGGCAUCGACGUUCUUCAUCGUGCACGUGGUAACAUUUAUAUGCAUUGGGGUAGGUCUGCAGCAUCUACCCAAAGCAAAGAGGAAAGCGGAAGAUUCUGGUAAAGCCGUCUCUUCAACAAAUUCUGAAGGAAAGAGGCACUGACUGGGUAGGUUUUGAUAAACACGUACUCGUAUUUCUCAGUUGCAGUAUUGGUUGAUAUUUAUUAGCACACACUGAAGAGUGUCGUUUUAAUUGUGUGGGCAUUUUCAUCACUGAUGCCAAUGUCUUAUUAUUAGCUCAAAGUCAUCAUUAUUUGUGCAAAACCCUGUGAAAACCUCAGUGAACAAUUUUUCAUUCAGAUAUAUGUUAUGUACAUAAACUCUUAUAAUAUCAAUCGUGUACUAUAUUUUGAUCCUAUGACCAAGUUUUGCCCAUUUGAUUCCAGUAGGUUAUUUAUUGAAUGUUAUAUUUUUUUAUAUAGGGAGGAAAAAAAAUUAUAUUUGUAGGUAGAACAUUAUGAUAUAGCUUAAGGAUGAUUGUGAUCAUGGUAAUUUGAGUGGUACUAAACUUACAAAUUUCCUGUUAUAAUUAUAUUGAGUUAUAAUAAAUCUUUUUCUUUCUGUAUACAUUUAAAUUUUUUAUCUGUCUAUUGCAAGUUUCCAGCUUUUAUCACAAUUCAGAUCUGAAUGUAAAUAUCGCCUAUUUGGUGCAGGUUAUUGUCUGUGAUGUGAGACUUGUGAUUACUUUUUCUUUUAUCUUCAAGAGUAUUUGUGAGGGGGG